UAUGUAUCUAUAUAUUAUUGCCGGCAUCGCAAGAAACAUAAAUAAAACCAUAUGAUAAAAUGUCGCUAUUUCCAAUAUCAGCUCAAUUAAUAAGCAAAUUAUUAACGAAAAACCACAUAAACUAUUGCCAAGUAGCCACGGCGUUGCGUCCCAAAAAGAGGAAGUCUACAAGAAAAGAAGCACAAUACUUUUCGGAUGCGAAACGCGUACGUGCUAUAGGCGGCAAAGGAGGCGAUGGCUGUGUGUCAUUUCUGCAACUGUGGUGCAACGAACGCGCCGGCCCCGAUGGCGGCGACGGCGGGAAUGGCGGCCAUGUCAUUUUCCAAGCCUCCAAUGAUGUGCGUAACUUUAACCAUGUGAACAGCGUCCUGCAAGCAGCUGAAGGAGGCAUCGGAUCAGCUAAGGAAUGUCAUGGCAAGAAUGCUAAGCAUACGGUGAUCAAAGUACCCGUUGGCACCGUCAUACGGAAUGCCCAGGGUGUGAUUGUGGCCGAUUUGGGAAGUGUAGAUCUCAUGUUUGUGGCAGCACGUGGCGGGGCAGGUGGCAAGGGCAACCGCUUCUUCACCACGGACAAGGAGACCUCGCCCAAGGUGUGUGAGUAUGGACCUGCCGGCGAGGAUAUGAGCUAUAUGCUGGAGCUACGCAGCAUGGCCGAAGUAGGUCUGAUUGGUUUUCCUAAUGCCGGGAAAAGUACGCUGCUGAAUGCCUUAACGCGUGCCAAGCCAAAAGUGGCGCCAUAUGCUUUCACAACUCUUCGACCCCAUCUGGGCACCGUUCAAUAUGAUGAUCAUGUACAGCUGACCAUUGCGGAUUUGCCGGGUCUUGUGCCGGAUGCACAUCGCAACAAAGGAUUAGGCAUUCAGUUCCUAAAGCAUGCCGAACGCUGCACUUUGCUGCUCUUUGUGCUGGAUGCUAGCGCGCCGGAGCCGUGGACGCAGUACAAACAGCUCAUGCAUGAACUGGAACAAUUUGGUGGCCGACUGGCGAAGCGUCCACACCUGGUUGUGGCAAACAAAAUGGAUGUGGAGUCAAGUGCAAGUAAUUUUGAGCAAUUGAAGCAGCAGCUGCAGCACCCGGAAUUACUAGGUAUCAGCGCCAAAAUGGGACACAAUCUGGCGCAGCUUCUCAUCAAUAUACGCGUCGCCUACGAUCGACAUAAAGAGCAACAACGACAAUAACUUAAUUGUUUUCCU